CUUGCUUUGCUGUAUCUACCCUUCAUCCAUUCCAUACCUUUACUUUCUCUCUCUACACUUACUAGGUUGCACUGCCAUACCUUCCAUCAAAUAUUAUACUUUCAAAACAAUUCAGUUCAAUUGAAUUUUCCAUUUUGAAUUUCUUAAGCAGAAAAACAAAAUAAUGUCGUCCUCGAUAAACCACUACCCAACGGACCUCUCCCACCCCCAGUGGUGGACCCACCCCGACCACAACCACCUCUACUACUCCGCCACCGCCGCCGCCGCCGGCCGCGGCCUCGACCUCAACGACGACGACGACGGCGGCUGUGCGGCGGAGGAGAUCCCCAAGGAGCGCCUCUUCGAGAAGCCUCUCACGCCGAGCGACGUCGGGAAGCUGAACCGGCUCGUGAUCCCGAAGCAGCACGCCGAGAAGCACUUCCCCCUCGGCGGCGGCGGCGGAGGAGAUUCCGGCGAGAACGGGCUGCUGCUCGGGUUCGAGGACGAGGCCGGCAAGUCGUGGCGGUUCAGAUACUCCUAUUGGAAUAGUAGCCAGAGCUACGUGCUGACUAAGGGAUGGAGCCGAUUCGUGAAGGAGAAGCGCCUCGACGCCGGCGACGUCGUCGUUUUUGCGCGCCACCGCGUCGACGCCGGACGCCUCUUCAUCGGAUGGCGGAGGAGGACCGCCGCCGACGGCGGGGACGCGCACCAGCCGUCCGCCGGGUGGAACCGGGUCGUUUACCCGGGUCAGUACGUUCAGGUCGGACCGGCGUCGGUUGCGUACCAGCCCGAUUCCGUUCACGCAGGAAGAGUUGUACAACAAAGCCAAACAAGUUCAUCAAGUGGAAACUCCAAGAUGCUGAGGUUGUUCGGAGUGAAUUUGGAGUGCCAGCAGCAGGCCGAGGACUCCGACCCAUCAACCCCAGUGGGCUCGCCCAUGUCUGGCCUGGCCCAAGCCCAACAGUACCACCACAGCCCAUAUCACCAUUCUCAGUAUUACUACUCUAAUCACAUGGUAACACCACCAAACACCAUCACAAUCUUUUAAUUUUCUGUGCUUCAAUUUCCAAUAUGUUGUGUGAUUUUGCUGUUUCCCCAAAUGAAGCAAAUAAGCAUGAUGUUAGUUACUGUAGUUUCUGGACAUGACUUUUAGAUAAGUGUAGAUUAGAUUGAAAUAUUCAAUUGAACUCGCAAAUCCAGUGUUAUAAGCUAGUCGAGUUGAACAAGUAAUAGUCAUUUAUGGAAAGCUAAUAUAAACAUCACACAGUCAGUCAGUCACUAUAGAUAUUGUUUGCUGCUUUUUGGUAAAUUGCAUUUUCUUGGUUUUUCCCAUUUCUCGAUAGUGCUUAUAAUAAUAGUAGUAAUAACAAAUAAUAAUAAAUAAAACAAAAUGAAAAAAUGCAUUGUUGUAUAUAUAAAUUAAAACUGCA